AUGGCAACAAUUAAUAGUAAACCUAUAACUAAAAAAAGAAGUAUUUCACCAUCAGAAAGUCCUGACUCAAAAAAAAAAAAUAAAUUGUGUGGAAUUGGAACAAAACCUAAGGUUGCUACGCCACAUGUUGUUGCAAAAAUUGAACAAUAUAAAAUGGAAAAUCCAACAAUAUUUGCAUGGGAAAUAAGAGAAAAAUUAAUUGCUGAAAAAGUAUGUUCACAACCACCAAGUGUAAGUUCAAUUAAUAGAAUAUUAAGAACACGAGCAUCUGAAAGAGCUGCUGAAGAGUUAGCAAUAAUGUUAUCACAAAGAAGUCAAACAUUUUUAACAGAUGAUAUUAAUCAAUUUUCAAAUUUUCGUUUAUCACAAAUUUUACCACAAAAUAAUGGAUUAUUAAAUAUGAAUUUAAUAAAUAAUAUUCAUAAUAGAACAAAUACAGUACCAUUAUUUAAUUACACACCUUCAAUUAUUAAUACACCAAUACCAGCUUUAAAUUUAUUGUCAAAUCCAUUAAGAGAUUUGUGUUUACAAAAUACUUUUACAAAUAACAUUAAUUCUACAUCAAAUUUAUUGAUACAAAAUCCAAAUCAAUUUUUUAUUAAUAAAUCAACAACAUCUUUAGCAAAUAUUUCACAAGAAUCAACGCAAAAUGAGAAAAAUAAAAUAAAUGAAAAGAAUAUGAAAUUGUCACCAGAUACAGUGUCCUUAUCAUCAUCAACUUCUGAAAAAUAUUCUAAUAAACAAAAUAAUUUACAAUUAAAUGUUGAUGAAAUAAAAUUACUUGAAGAUGAAUUUAGGAAAAAUUCAUAUCUUAAUAAUAGUACAAUAAAAAAAAUUUCUAAACAAUUUGGUAUGGAAGAAUCAAAAAUAUCUAUAUGGUUUUCAAAUAGAAAAAAUAAAACAAAAAAGGAUGAUGUUAAUUAUUGUAAGAAUGAAUAUGUUAUAGAAAAUGUUUUACCAAUUAAUAAGAGAAAAUUAAUGUCGGAGGAUGAUAAUGUUGAAAUAUGUAGUGAUAAAAAAAUUAAAAAAGAGAUUACUUUCAAACCUUAUGAAUAG